AUGACGGACUUGUUGAUGUGAUGUACACAAUUGAUCACUCCGUAUGAUAAUGCUUGUGUCGUAAUUACCUACGUGAAAGUGAUGUUUGUAUUGUGACGUCGUCAGGACUAUAGUAUUGGAAUUUUCAGUAGUAACCACUAGUAAAAUGACAGUUUCUCAUCACCAAACCCUUUUUAUUUGGCUGGUACACUUGCCUGACCCGCGGCAGAUUAAGCAGCUCUCUUACAUAUGACUACGAAAUGCUGCUUUUUUCGAAAUCCCGAUUAGAGCUCAAAAUGUUCCACACGACAUCGGAUGACAAUAUGGUUAACAGCACUCACAGUUUCAUUGGUGUCUGUACCCCAUUCCCGGGUACUAUGUAGGAUAAAAAGAGUCGACCAUCAGGUAUUGAGGGUAGAGUGAGGAACCUGCCAAUCACACCUUUGUAGAGGAAUCGGUUGAUGGGCAAGGUAAUCGGCGGUUUUGACAAUAAGGCGUUCUCAGAUUUGGACAGGGACGAGUUGAAAAAGAGUUCCGUUAAGAAAGGAGGAAAGGAGGACAGAGAUUUAAACUGUGGAUACGGGCCACUAACAUGUUUCCAAUGUUUCAACAAGAUCCAGUUUUAUGUUCUGUGGCUAUGCCUGAUUGGGUUCGUAGAGGGCGCUGCUGUCAAUGGCGUCGUGAACAUUGUCUUGACAACACUGGAAAAACGCUACAACCUGUCCAGCUCACAGUCUGCCUUAAUCGUCAGCUCUACAGACAUUGGCGCUAUCAUCUUCGUCUUAUUCGUUAGCUACUUCGGGUCAAAAGGUCACCGUCCUCGCUGGCUGGGUGGAGGGACAAUGGUGAUGAUGCUGGGAUCAUUGGUAUUUCUCGUCCCACAUAUUUUCUCGGACACAUACGACGUUUCUACUAUAGACGCGGGCGGAAACGGCACAAAUAUCUGUGACCCCAAUAACCCCGAUCCAUGCGCAGAACAGACUUCCGGUGAAACAUCUGUCUUCCUGUACGUGUUCAUGUUAGCACAGUUUGUACAUGGUGUUGGGUUUACUCCAUUCUUCACUCUCGGGACAGCUUAUGUGGACGACAACGCCAAAACGGAGUCAACUGCAAUAUACCUGGGUCUGAUAUACGCGAUCACUGCCCUGGGUGUGGCUGCGGGGUUCAUUGGCGGGGGUCAGUUCCUUAACCUGUGGAUAGACUUUGACCGGGUCGACAAAACAGUGUAUGAAGGCCUCACUCCUAUGGACUCUAUAUGGAUUGGUGCAUGGUGGGUCGGAUUCAUCGUCACUGCGGUCCUCUUCUUCCUGUUUGCGAUUCCGGUCUUUGGGUACCCUAUCAAUCUUCCCGGAACCGAACACAUCCGAGAGGCAAGGUUAACAGAGAAAGAUCGAGCGCGGAUAGAGGCGGCAAAGAAUGACCACAGGUCAAUGUGGCAAAAGGUCAAAGACUUUCCGAAAGCCAUAUUUGUCCUACUCAAGAACCCAAGCUACAUUUGCAUGGUCUUGGGAGCAUGUGCAGAAACGUUGAUCAUUGGAGGAUUGUCAGCCUUCGCUCCGAAAAUUUUGGAGGAGAAAUUUGACAUAAGUCCUGCUGAAGCUGGUCUUAUUAUGGGAGCCGUGACUAUUGGAGGAGGAGCAGGAGGGAUGAUACUUGGUGGUAUUCUUAUCAAAUGUUUUAAGCUGGAGGCCAAAGGCAUGUUACGAUUGUGUGUGUUGUUAUCCGUACUGGCUAUAGCGGUUGGAGGGGGACUUUUUAUCAACUGUCCUGAAUUCCAAUUUGCAGGACUGAACCAACCAUAUCACUCUGGAGGGACUGUAAACCCGACAGACAUCCUAGCUGCGUCGUGUAACGCUAACUGUGGAUGUCGGAAGUACUCCUAUGAGCCGAUCUGCGGGGCGGACGGAGUGACGUACUUCUCUCCCUGUCACGCUGGCUGUAACAACAACUACACUACCGACGGGGCCAUGAAGAAAUUUGCUUUUUGUGAGUGUAUCAGUGAUAGUCUAAACUCCACCGGUUUGACCCUUGACCCCUCUGCUCAGUCCGGUGAGUGCGGACAGACAUGUGACCUGAUGUACGCCUUUAUAAUCCUUCUCUUGGUUGGUAUGCUGUUGACACUUACCACAGUCACCCCAGCCUCAAUAGCCAUUUUGAGAUGCGUACCGGAUGAACACAGAGCGUUGGGUUUGGGACUACAGUGGGUGGCCCUACGUUUGUUGGGUACAAUACCAGGGCCGGUAUUAACCGGAUAUGUGAUAGAUUCGUCAUGCGCACUUUGGCAGGACCGUUGUGGUACCGAAGGCUCCUGUUAUGUGUAUGACAGGUACGAGAUGGGGUGGCGGCUAUUUCUGUGGUGGAUUGCUGUCAAACUGUUUAGUGCCAUCGCCUUCUUCCUCGCCAGCGUCUUGUAUAAGUACAAAAAUAACGACACCGAAAAAGAAUUGAAGGCAGAAUAUAACAAUGGCUAUCAGUCAAGUGCUGAGGAGAAAAUUACGACCAAUGGCGUGAGGCAGGACAUACGUAACGCGACAGACAACGACAGCAUAGAAAGUAUGGACACUGUAACCCACUUAUAAUAUAUGUACUUAUAUAUACGUAUACCAACAUUGGUCACAGCAGUUACAUUUAUAUGUGUCUUGUAGAUGAUAUAGAGUGACAUCACAGCUGGAAUAAUACAUUCUAAGAAAUGGCCUUUUGUAGUAAGAAGUACUAUCAUAUGUGGUUGGAAUCUUCCUACGAUAUGUUAUAUCCUCUACAGUUUGAAUUUUCCCGUGAUUAGUACUUGUAGUUGGAAUGAUUCUGUGAUAAGUGAUACGCUCUGGUUGGAGUUUUCUUGUGAUCAGUUAUAGUCUGCUUAGUAUUAUCUUUGUGGUAGGAAUAUUCCUGUGAAAAGAAAUGUUCUCUGUAGUUUAAAUAUGCCUGUAAUAAGAAAUACUCUGUGGUUGAAAUCAAUGCAAGGAAAAGAAUAAUAUAGAUCAAUAGCCCUGCUUGCAGGAUAUUGUGAAGGUUUUUUUUUUUUUUAUCUUCGGGGCAUUUGUCUCGGGCAUGCCCUCGGGAAAUAUGAUACAUUCGGAUAAAUCAACCUUCACGAUAUUCUGCAACCAGGGUCAUAUAUUAUUUAUUAUACUGCAAAAUGAUAAUAAAUGACAGAAAAAAAAAGAGUCCGAUUAGUAAUAUCAUUUUUAUUAUAAAUCCCUGUAAUAUGAGUCGAUAUAAUUUCACUAUUUAUAAGCUACAUUUGAUUGUAUAAAAAUUAAAAUUAAAAAAAAAUGGUAAAACAAUUAAGAAUCAUAGGCGUCAUUUGUUAAAGAAAUUAGCCGUUCUGUGCAUCUAUUAUCCGAGACAUGCAUCGCUGUGUUGAAGAAGACGGGACAACAUAUCACCGGUGAAGACUGGAAAAAAUGACAUUGAGCUAUUGGGGAUUGUGUUCUAUUCUAUCCACCUCUACCACAAAACCGGUGUUUCUCCAUACACUAAAGGAAAUGUUGACGAAUAGAUAUGGGCACAUUCUAUAUCAUUGAAAAGGGAAAAUCAAUGGUAAAAUCGACAAAAAUGUAAUACAUGUGUUGUAAAUGUAACGCAUAGGAUCUUCAUUUCCUCACAAAAAUAUCUAUAUCGUGGGUUUUGAUUGAUAUAACUUUAAAGUAUGUUAUACACGAAUUUUAACUUUACCUUGAAUACUACCAAAACACUGCGAAUGUUUGUUUCUUGAAAGCCAAAAAGAUUUUUUUCCACAGAGAUAGAAAUCCAAUUGAAAGUCCGCCAACAUUUAUUGGAACACUAUCUGAAUCUGAACUAAUCACUGCAUGUGCACACCUGGAAAGGGCGACCCAAGAUGUAAAAAAAAAAAAAAAAAUCGUGGAAGUGGCAGGUGAGA